AUGCUAGAACCUGGUGCCGAGGUGCUUCGCCUCCCUGUCGUCGGCCAGGAGUACAUGCCUGGACUCGAAGGACCACAAAGGCCUGAGAUACGAGAGAAGCUAAAGCAGUAUGGGAAGGCGAUCAGUGGUAACCGAGAGGAAGCUCUGCAGCGCCUCCGUGAUUUUUCGAAUGACGAGGCUGAAUGGCUGAGUUUGUUCCAGCCGAAGCUCAAACGAAAGCGGGGGGAACACACCUCUCGAAUGACGCUGUCUCGCAAGCGGAUUGAGGACACAUUUGGGGCAGCGGAGCAAACAGCCACUUACAAGAGCAAGAAGGGGGCAGACCGCACUCAACGCACCCUGGUUGAUAAGGAUCGUGCUGCAAACACAUCAUGGGCCAAAGCAGUCUUCUCCGCAUUUGGAAUGGCGGCUGAUUUCAGUUGUGCGCCGUCCCUGCCAAAACGCCGGCAAACACAGAUGCCAGUACAGCAUGAUGAGGUGAGUCGUGGUGGGGACCUGGCACCAGCAGAACCACAGCAGUUUGGUUCCCUGCAUGAAAUGGAGUCGUUUGCUGUUCGCAUGCGCAGAGUCGAGCGCAAUGUACUGUCGGUCAGAGAUGACAUCUACAAUAUCGAGGGAAAUAUCAACAAUGUGACGGCUCACCUUAUGGACCUGAAAUCACUUGUCCGCAAUGAGCAUUGCCCUACCCUCAGUACCCCAGCACCUUCUGUAGACCAUCCAAGUCCCCACCAUAACCAAGCGCCUAUGCCAGUUCAUGCUGCCCAGCUUGAAGUUCAAGUAUCCAGUCUGAUGCCAUCGUCAGGCCAGUCGGUCAGCUCAGCGCUGCGUUCCAUGCCCCGCAACCCCAUUCACUCACAUAAGCUUGGGAUCGCAUUGCUUGAUGGCGAAAGGUUCGAAUACGACAAGACACAAGUCCCAGAGCCACCAAUGAUUCAUCUUUCUCGGGAUAUCGACCGGCUAUGUAAGGAGUGGGAGAGCUCGAACUUGCUCUGUGUGGGUGGUCGCGGAAUUCCUGUCAAAUAUUGGGGUGAGUUCUACAAGAGAGGGAAGGGGGUCAAGAACACAGCAUGGGAUGCUCUGCGGGUGGAAUGGGGAAAUUGGAAGUUCAUUGCUGAGGAACGCCAGCAUUACCCAGACACCACCUCGUUUUGGCGUGCAUUCAGUGACAGAAAUGGCAAGAGGUUUUCCUAUCAGCAGAUCCUUAACUGCAUUGCGGACCAGCGGAUUUCAGCGGCCACUCAAGAUGCUAAUGAUGCAUGCACAUUUUUUGAUGGGAAUCUCGACCAUCCACUGGCUCAAGGUGCAUUCCGAUACACCAAGGGUGGGAAGAGCUAUGUAUCAAGCAAGGACGACGCCGUCGCAAAGAAGUGGCGUGAACUUCUAGCGACACGACCAGACAUCUCUAGUAGGGUUUUGGCUGCUCAAUCAUCCUCCCAGUGA